AAAUUUUAGGCUACAUGCCCUUUCUCUUCCGACAAAACCAUUUUUCAUAAUUGUGUAAAAAUUCAACUCAUAUCGUCUUGUGAAAAAUCGGAAGGAAACCCGCCUCUCCCAUACGGCCAUACCAUUCCCACCGCCUCCAAUUCCUCCGCCUGUCACAAUUUUUCUUCUUCUGAAUAUUGAAGCUAGCGACUCUCGCUGUCAACUCCUCCAAAUCAUUUUUUCGUCCAAUCUCUCCGAUCCAUACACAUCACCAAAAUCAGGUUCCUUUCAUUCCCCAGAUCUUCAUCAAUUUCAUCCCUCACACAAUCCUGGAUCUCGCACAACCCUAUUUUCGUCCCGUUAUCUGUUAUUGAUUGGUUUAUGUAGCUGUUGGUGAAAUAUGAGUAGGUCUCCUUCGUUUAAAGUGAAAACCGAACUGAGUCCGAGUGUUGACUCAGAAUCACUGAAACGAUGGGUUGUUGCAUUUUGUGCCAUUAGAUUCGAUCUCGAACAAGGCCAGCUUGUAGAAGAGUGUUAUCCACAUGGUGUUCUUUCCCAUGACGAGGAGCUUGAAAUUGCUUACAGUUCCUUCCCGGAUUCCGUUUCGCAGCAUCAAAACCGCUCCAGCAUUCAUGACUGUAUUUUCUUUUUCCGAAUUUGCAGGAAUUUUAAACCUCCAACUGGUAACGGUAAUGCCACUGGCGGCUCGCUGGAGGAUAGGAAGAAAUCUUCUGAGUAUUUGUAUGGUUAUGUGUUUAACAGGCAGAGACAUGAUGAGAGGCUUAAACGCGGCGGGGAACAAAAAUCUGUUGUGAUUUUAUCUCAUAAACCUUAUUCUAGUGUGUUUAGACCUUUGUUACAAAUUGUAGGUCCUUUGUUUUUUGAUAUUGGUAAGAAAGCACUUGAGCAUAUUGCUGCUUAUGUUUCAAAAUGGCCGCCUCCUGUUCCUGGUCAGGUGAUGGAUCUUCCUAUUGGAAAUGCAUCGCUUAAAGUAAACUUACCGCCUGCUCUUAGUUUGCCUGUUGAAAGUGGACUGUCUUUUGAAGAGUCUGCUUCCUCGAUGGUGCCUUUCCUUGCAAACAAUCAGUCUGUUCUGCAGGGUCUUUUUCAUGAUUCGGAUCUUUUUGGCUCGUUUCGUGGACUUUUAUUACAGCUUUGGUUGUUGUGGGAGUUGUUGCUUAUUGGUGAACCAAUGCUCAUCAUUGCCCCCACGCCUCCACAAUGUUGUGAGGCUGUUGCUAGUCUUGUCAGUAUGGUUGCACCAUUGCUUUGCAGUGUUGAUUUUAGGCCUUAUUUUACUAUCCAUGAUCCCGUGUUUGCACAAUUAAACUCAAUUCAAGAAGGCGAGGCUUUCCCACCGAUGAUAUUAGGUGUGACAAACCUUUUCUUCCUCAAAGCCCUCCGUAAUAUUCCCCAUAUUGUCUCGGUUGGAAGUCCUCCUCCCAAUUCAAACCGGGUUUCCCUAUCGAGUAGAUCUUCUACUGGCAGAAUUUCGGGUAGACCUGAGGGUCUUGGAUUUCAACAACUUUCCCUAAAAAAGUUCUCUCCUUCAAGUUUAUUGAAUGCAGUUAAGAUGCGAAGAGACGGUCCUCUUUGUCUAAUGACUGAACAUAAGGAAGCCAUUUGGAGUACCUAUUCUGCUACGACUAAGCCAGAUACUUCUAUCUUAAACAGGCUUAUAGAUGCUGGGUUGUCACCAAGAGUUGAGGAGUCAAUGUCUGUUGUGAACAAUGAGAUAUUACGGAGACAUUUCUUGGAGCUCACAACUAAUUUUUUGGCACCCUUUUCCCCAUAUUUUAGAACUACAAUACCAUCAGAAGGAUCUUCUCCUUACACAGACCCUCCAUCUCUACCUCCAUUUGAUGCCAAUGAAUUUCUGGCUAGUUUAUCAGCAAGAGGCCCGGGGAAGUUUAUUUUAAAGCGAAUGAAAUCUAACUGGCUUGACUUAUACAGGCGAUUCUUGAAUGGGCCCAACUUUAUGCCAUGGUUUCGAAGAAGGCGUGCUGUUGCUGAGCAAGAGCAAGAUAGAUUGUGGAGGCAGGCAAGGAUAAAAACUGACAUACAACAACUUAUUUCUAAGUUUUCCGAGGUUGAAAUUGUGGAUUCUUUCAAUGUGAUAGAAAGACUUCUCAUCAAAGAAAUACAGACGCAGGAAUCUGGAAAGGGAGGGGAUGAUUCCAUGAUUACAAGUCAGAAAUUAAAGGGAGACCUUCAGGCAGUUUUUAAUGUACUAUCAAAGGACAUGCAACAACUUAUGCUCUCAAAUCCCCAAAGGGCAUCCCUUCUACAUGGAAGUCCAGAAGUGACAAACAUUCCUGGACAUCCAUUACAAGUUGCAGCUGUGUCUUCUACAUCACCGGGGUAAUGAGGAAAAUCACGAAACGGAAGUGUUCUUGCUCUAUAGUAUCUUCUCACGUGGAAGGACAAAUUAAUUCAUACACUCCCUCCAUCUUAUCGAGAGAAGUUCUUUGAUUCUUGAAGAUCUUUUGAGCUGUGUACACUUGAAGCAGUCGACGUGGUAUACCUCCUCCCUGGGCAAACAUGCAUGAAAAUUCCUGUUGAGUUUAUGUUUUGUUGAUUGCCUUUGUUGGCAGAGAUUGUGGCUUCGUGUUGUUUAUAUUCUGAAUGAUCAACCAACUGUAAAUUAUUAGCAUUCUUUUAACGAGUUUUUUUAGAAGUUCA